UCAGCUCUCGAGCCAGUCGAACACCAUUCCAGGACCAAGACCGCCACUGACCAUGGAUUUCCUCGGUGCUGUUGCCCUCUCCCUCACCAUCUGCCUGACCUGCCUCAUUCUCCUCUCGACAUGGAAGCAGAUGCAGGGGCGUAGCAAGAUGCCACCGGGGCCCACACCCCUCCCACUCAUUGGAAACCUGCUGCAAGUUGACACCAGCAACAUGCUCAAGUCACUCAUGAAGCUCAGUGAGAAGUACGGCCCUGUCUACACCAUCCAGCUGGGCACGCGCCGUGUUGUGGUGCUGUGCGGCUACCGGGCCAUAAAGGAAGCCCUGGUGGACCAGGGUGAUGAGUUUGGUGGCCGUGGGGAGCAGGCCACUUUUGACUGGCUCUUCCAGGGCUACGGUGUGGCCUUCUCCAAUGGGGAGCGGGCGAAGCAACUGCGUCGCUUCUCCAUCACCACCCUGCGCAACUUUGGUGUGGGCAAGAGGAGCAUUGAGGAGCGGAUCCUGGAUGAAGCCCAGUACCUGCUGGGGGCACUGCAGGACACCAAAGGCCUGCCCUUUGACCCCACCUACAUCCUGAGCCGCACAGUGUCCAACAUCAUCAGCUCUGUCGUCUUUGGGGACCGCUUUGAUUACGAGGACAAGGAGUUCCACUCCCUGCUCUACAUGAUGCUCGAGAGCUUCCGCUUCACCAGCACAUCCUGGGGGCAGCUCUACGAGAUGUUUGCAGGUGUCAUGAAUUACCUACCCGGCCCCCAGCACAAGGCCUUCAAGAUGCUGGUGGGGCUGGAGAAAUACAUUGAGAAGAAGGUGAAGGCCAAUGAGGAGACCCUGGACCCCAACUCCCCACGGGAUUUCAUUGACUGCUUCCUCAUCAAGAUGCACCAGGAAAAGCACAACCUGUCCUCUGAGUUCUUCAUGAAGAACAUCAUCCUCACCGUGCUCAACGUGUUCUUCGCUGGGACAGAGACAGUCAGCACCACCAUGCGCUACGGCUUCCUCGUCCUGCUCAAGCACCCGGAGAUUGAAGAAAAGGUGCAUGAAGAGAUUGACCGGGUGAUUGGCCGGAACCGCAGCCCCAACAUUGAGGACCGGAGCCGCAUGCCCUACACGGACGCUGUCAUCCAUGAGUUCCAGAGGUUCUGCAAUGUCAUUCCCAUGGGGCUGUCCCAUCGAAUGACCAAGGAGACCCAGUUCUGGGGCUACACCAUCCCCCAGGGCACCGAGGUGUUUCCACUGCUGGGCUCGGCGCUGAAGGACCCCGAGUGCUUUGAGAGACCUGAAGCCUUUGACCCCGGGCACUUCCUGGAUGAGAAGGGGCAAUUCAAGAAGAACGAGGCUUUCCUGCCCUUCUCCAUUGGGAAGCGGUUCUGUUUCGGUGAUAUGCUGGCUCGCAUGGAGCUCUUCCUCUUCAUCACCAGCAUCCUGCAGCACUUCCGCUUCGAGUCUCCCAUCGACCGCCAGGACCUCGACAUCUCCCCGAAGCUGGUGGGCUUUGCCACCCUGCCCCGCGACUACAAGAUCUGCCUCAUCCCACGCUAGGGGGGGCCUCAAAGCAGUUUGGUCUGUGGGGAGGGGGGUAGAGGGGAAGAGGGGUGCAAAUAGAGGAGCCUUCAUCAGGCCGAGCGUGGGACCCUGGGACAUUCUGUCAUGAAAUCUCAUCCCCUAAAUUCUCCCUCUCGUCCCACUUGGCACGGAUCAGGCACCAACACAGCUCCAUGGCUUCAGCUUCUGUCCCUGUGCCUUGCUAUUGCUGUUCACUUUUCUGCAAGAAAUGUGGUAGGAGGGAAAGGUGUAACGGGACAAUCUUCAGGGCUCAGCACUUGCUGAAUUUGGGAGCUGGUGGAAGGGGAAUCCCCUUUGGUUUUGUGCCUUGCUGUGACCUGUCAAUGAAUGUGGUCCAUCAUUGAAAUCCGUGGCCUUGGCUUAUGCAUGGGGCUGCCCCAGGUGGGUAUCUCUCCAAUAAAAGCUUCCUGCCCCAUUGCUUCCCACA